GCAUGUUUUUCUUAUUUAUUAAUAGUUAUUAGUUUGACUUUGAGAUUUCGAACCAACAUCACUUAUCCAAAUAACGAUUUGUCCCGAAGCAUUGACAACAUUCAGGACAAACAAAACUCUUUUCCACAAAAAUUCUGAUAAGAAUUUAAUCAAAGCCAUAUACUUGUUUUAAAAGUGCCACUGUCAUGUCACACGGUCAUGUCACGAAACGAUGUUACGAUACUUUUAUUUACUAAGUUUGUUAUUAUGUAUCGAGUUAUCAAUUUCUUAUAAUUAUUUAGACGAACUUACAGAACGAAAUCUAAAUAAAUUUGGGCGUAAUGUGAGGAGAGACAGAGAGAGAAAGGUGAGACGGUCAAAAGAACGGAAGAGUCUGAUACGUCAGGAGUAUGAUUAUGACAGGAGUCCAGUGGAGUUUGAUGUGGCAAGUUUUAUACAACCGGAGGAAGAGGCCGUUGAAGAUGACGAAUCAUUUAGACACCGCAAUAAGAAAAGGCGACGUACCUCAAAAAGUUUCGAUUAUGGUGCCAUGAUCGGUUUUAAUGUUGACGAGGGUAAUAGAAAAAGGGAGAAGAGCCCUGACUACCUAAACAUCGGUGACAGUAAUUCAGAUUUGAACAUGAACCCGCCACUAUUCAAGGACGCAAUCAAUCCAAAACAUGUGAAUUAUAACUCGUUAGAUGACUUGCACAGUGAAAAAUGA